ACUGGAUUACGCAUUCAAAUAUCUUCAAAGUCGCUGGCUACCCGGAUAGCCCGGUUGCGUGGAUUGUGAUAUUUUUUCAGUUGCCAAAGACACGACUAAGUAUGCUACCAUAGUAUACACACUAUGCAGACCAAAUCAUGUAUUCACCGAUUUGCCUUGAAAUGUUUUAAUAGCAUGCUGAUGUUUUAAGAGUGUUCUUUCGAAUUCAAGAAGUACUGACAUUCUUCCUAGAUUAAUACGAAAAAUGCCCAUUGUGAAAAAGAAAACCAUACUGAAUGACUUACAUAAUGCAUUCGAAACCAACCUAAGGAGGAAAUCUAGCAAAACGAUUCCUAUUCAACUUGUUGGUGAUGAAAACAAAGAUAACAAUUCCCUUCAUGAUCCGCUAGAAACUAUAGAUGAAAAAAAUCAACAAACGGAAGCUGCUGCUAUUGAAUCUGUAGCGUCGGUAAAACCCGUUUCAAAACAAUAUGAAAGUACAGAGAAACAUCAGAACAAAGUUGCUGAAUUUCAAUUGCACAUCGCAUCGUACAUCUCCAAAAUCGUGUCCUUGCGUGUAGCUAAACUCGCUGCUAACGACGAGAAGAUUACUCAACUAGGAAUGUCCUUUUUUGACGAUUGCAUUGGUGCUAUAGAUAUUACCAAACUUGUGCAGCUAAUCGAUAAGGCUCGAACAAAUUUAUCAAAUGAGCGAAAGCGGCUUUUCGUAGUCAUGAAGCGAUUAAAACGAAAUGAUAUGCAAAACUAUCAGCUCGACAAACAAAUGCAGGAUGUUAGCCUGGAGCAGUACUACGAGCUGAAAGCGGAAGUUAACCGCAUCGGAGAAAAACUCGAGGAGACACACAAACGGAUGAACAAUUCGCGGCAACAGUUUGAAAACGAUGUAGCACGUGCCACUCACGUGCGAGAAAAGUUGUUUAACUCACAAAACCUAAUACUGUCUGUAAUGCAGGACGUUUCUGGAGUAAAAGGUGACUUCUCUAUCUACAAACAAACGCUGUGCGAUAGACUGGAGCUUAAAAAGCAGCUACGCAGGAAAAAUGAAUCCCUGAAACAACGUGUCCAUUUAUUCAAGCUUAUGCCUUGGUACGGACAAACAAAGAAACAGCUAGAGCUCACCAAAUCUUUUGUGAAAAAAUUUGAAUAAUAUACCGCCCGAGUUGAGAAGUCAUAAGCAAUAAAAACUGCAAACUAUUUUAAUAAC